AGACAGGAAGGUUGCAUUUGCUGUUGGAUUGUAACUGCCGGUUAACUGGCGUACCUUGAGAGGGCAAGAACAAGAUGUAUGUCAGGAGAAGUGCAGUAUUAUCAUAAGGAGAUGUGGUUAAGUUUUCGGAGCCCGAGGUUUGCACCAAGGGUCAGGAUCAAGAUGUGUCUGUGACAGUAGGAGUAAAAAAAAAAUAGAAAAAUUGAACCCUUGCCUUUUGGCUGAUCCAUUUGUGGAUUCAGGCUGGGUGAAAACAGAUUUGGGUGCUGUGGAAUCCGUGAAGGUAAUCAGAAGUGGUCUUUUGAUAAUUGCGUGUUUCUGCUGGUCAGAGGGAGCAGGCACUCCACAUUAAACGAUUGGGGACAAGAGAGGUGAAUUGUUUUGCUCUCAAGGAAAGGGUGCCAUUGCAAGGAGUGAUUACUGGGGUAGAGGUAAAUGGGAAAAAUGACCAACUGAAGGUGAAGAUUCCGGGGGUUUGCGAUGCUUGUAGUUUGAUGCGACCCAGACAGGGUGGCGUGAGUGGUGGAACAGAAGAGUUGUCUGUCCUUUUUAGUUUUGAUAUUCAUUCUUUGCCCAAUGAAGUGAUGUUACGAUAUGUAAGUUAUCCCGUAUGAGCUUUUGUGCCGAAUACAUUACGUGGUUACAGGUGUCAACCUUAUGUGCAUGUGGCGGCUGCCACACAUGUGUAGGAGGGAGCUUCCUAGGUGUGAAAAGUGUGUGCAAGGGCAUGAGACAAAGGCAUGUGUAGCAUUGGAGAAAGUAGUGGUAUGAGUUAAUUGUAGGGAUACCCAUGGGGCUGGAAAUCAGAAAUGUCCACGAGAGAGGCAGGUUGAGGUUUCCAGGGUUAGAGUAUUGCAGAAGCUGUCUAUGCUGAGGCAGUGAAGAAAGUAAAGGAAGAUGGGUCAAGGGGGGGUCCUGAGGAGUCUUGUGAGUUGUAGAGUUGUACCAGUGCAGAGGGAUAGUCCAACAAGUGAUGUAUGAUUUAAAUAGUGGAGGGGGGGUAUUCUUUGUUUUUAUAUGGUAUUUGUUUAUUUAUUUUUAUUCAAGCAAAGUAUAAAGGUGUUAUACUCCAGUCUAGUUGGUGGCAGUAAUGCAACAUGUAUUGGAUUCCAACCGCCAAUACACGUCAUCGAAGAAGACGGUACCUAAGAAGAAGUUUACAGAAAAUGGCCAGCUUUGGCAGGGUUGCUGGAGUUUUGAGAAACUUUUGGAGGAGACCUUGGUCAUACAGAACGCUGCAUAGUGCCCUGAGACCUGGCAUUUUGGGGUUUGCCGUUGGAAGCGGGCUGGUAUAUUUUCACUUUGAGUCGAGCAAGAGGUUUUUGCCCUUCACCGUCCAUGCCGAGGAGGAAAAGGUGCUUCCAGUAUCCCAGAUGUCUGCCAGACGGAUGCGCUUCAACCAGUUUGCCUCAAUGAUGUACGAUGAGGAGCUCUACAUGACACCAAGGGAUUUCCUUUUCUCAAUCAUGCUGGAGAAUGUUGACCGUAAAUUACAAAAUAAAGCUCUAACCAAAAAGGAGGUGGAUAAGAUGCUGGAUGCUGCCUCAUGGGCCAAGGCAGGCAACAGUCUGUUCAGAAACUUUGGAGACAAUGGUCUGAUAUCCUACACAGAGUACCUGUUCCUGUUGACUAUUCUGACCAAGCCACACACAGGAUUUCAUAUAGCUUUCAAAAUGCUUGAUAUUGAUGGCAAUGAGCAUGUGGACAGAAAGGAGUUUCUCAAGCUCAAGAAAAUCAUUGGGAAAAGAAAAGCGAAAGGGCCCAUGGAAGGUGCCACAGACGUGAAACCAGUCGUAGAGGGGGAUGGUGUGAACACUACACUGCAGGCAUUCUUCUUUGGCAGGAAUGGCAAAAACAAGCUUCAGUACAAUGUAUUCUGCAGGUUCAUGGAGGACCUGCAGGCAGAGGUGCAGGAGAUGGAGUUCCUGCAGUUUUCCAAGGGCAUGGACACCAUGCGGCGGGAGGACUUUGCAGAGUGGCUGCUGCACUACACCAACGAGGAAGCCAAUGAGGCCUACUGGGAGAACAUGAGAAAGAGGAUCCCCGCUGGCCAGAGCAUCACAUUUGAUGAGUUCAAAGCGUUUUGCCUAUUCACCAACAACCUGGAGGACUUUGCCUUCUCUGUGAAAAUGAUAAGUGAAGCCAACCGACCUAUUGGAAUGGUCCAAUUUAAGCGAGCUGUGAAGAUCGCCACAGGGCACGACCUCUCGGAGAACGUGCUGGACACUGUGUUCAAGAUCUUUGACCUGGACGGCGAUAACUGCCUGAGCCACAAGGAGUUUAUCGGCGUGAUGGAGGACCGAGUACUACGUGGCUUGAAGGUGCAGCCCCAGCGUGGCAUCAUAGAUUAUUGGAAGUGUGUGAAGAGGGAGACACUGAAAGGGGCCCAAGAGGCCCUCCGGGACACAGGAAGCCCUUUUUGAGGGGUCACGUUGUUGGAUCAAGAAGCUCCUUGCGAGGUUUCACUGGGUGACUCCAAUGUAAAGCAUUGAUGGCUGACCAUCAAGUUGCUCAUGAUCAAUUGAUAUUUGUCAUUUGUGAAAAUGUUAUUACAAUAUACAUAAUCUAUGGGUAAGUGUUUUGUUUACAAUAUUUUUUAUAUUUUCUAAUUAGGCUUGGGCGUUAUACUGGGGUAUUGCCGAAUACCGACGGUAUGAUUUUCAAUACCGUGCUACUACUUAUAGCUAGCUAUAAGAAAUCUAAGAUGUCAAAUUAUAUCCAGCGUAGGGCUCCAGCUAUGCAUUUGGUUUGCUAGUGAAGUGGCUAGAUCUCAUGAUCAAGCUUCUUGGUUACAGCAGAGACAUUCAAUCCCCUCAUGGAUCAAGAUCCCUAGUGCCUAAAUUGUUUUGUGUCAAAAAAAAGUAUUAAUCUUUUGGAUGCCACUUGUGUGAACAUUUAGCGAUACUGUAUACCUCGGUAUGGUACAGAAACGGUAUGAAAAUCUAGAUACCGCCCAAUUCUAAUCCUGGAAAUUGGUUGUGACGCUUGGUACCAGUCUAUGCAUACAAGGCAUGUGAAAUGUGAGCUCGUUUGACAUUUAUUGAAUGUCUGUCACCUUUUUAUACCCUAUCUCGCUGCUCAAAUACAUUGUUUACAGUUAGAGGUGGUUUACUGUGGUAUCAUUGGAAUUUCAUUAAGUUUUAAAAUGCUGAAUCAUGGAAAAAGUAAUAUUAAAUAUGUGCCUGUCUUCAAAUGUCUAUGUACAGUUGUGCUGUAAUAUAUUGGCACCCUUUCACAAUUCACUUUCUUCUUAAAUAAAUUGUAAUUUAGGACUUGGUGUUCGUUUGAUUUGGAAUUGAUUUUUCAACGUCAAAUGGCUUGGACUAAAUUAUACAAAAUUCUAAUUCAUUUGGUUGGAAUCAGGUUAACGGUAUUUCUCAACAGGGUAAAAUUUGAAACAGUUUUGAACUUUCCUCCUUUGGAAAGUACAACUAUAUACCUUUUCUAAGAUUAAUUAAAUGUUUGAAAAAUG